AUGGGACCUCUCAAGAGGCUCAAACGACCACCGCCUACUGGCACCAAGACGGACACGUGCACCAACCCACCUCUUCUCCCCACUUCGUGCGGCGCGCGGGCCGACUUGACUUCGGCUCCGCUGCUGCUCGGUGGCUGCGAGCCCGCCGACGGCAAGGGCGGCGAGGCCAAGCCCUGCUCGCCGGCGUGGUUGCGCCACCUGAUCGACACGGAGGAGGCGUGGGCGCAGCUGCAGUUCGCGGUGCCGAUGGUCCUCACCAACAUGUCCUACUACGGCAUCCCGCUGGUGUCCGUCAUGUUCUCCGGCCACCUCGGCGACGCCCAACUCGCCGGCGCCACGCUCGGCAACUCCUGGGCCACCGUCACCGGCUACGCCUUCGUGAGACAAAUUGGUUGGUGAAGGAGAGGUGCCUGGCAGUGAAACAAAGGGUUCUCCAAAUAGGACCUUUCGGCGGGACUCAAAACGGGGUGCUAAGCAGGAACCAUGUGUCACUGAUAAUGACGGGGAUGGAGAGGAUGAUGACGUGUCCCAGAGAGUAUCUAAGUGAGUUGGCAUCCUCAUACUUUUCUAGUUGCACAAGAGUACCUAAUUAGUUGGCAUCCUCAGCAUUUCUAGUUGCACAAUACCAUCCAACUAGUUGACAUCCUUAGUCUUUUUGUAGCUGCGUUGACACCCUCAGCAUUUCUUCUAGAAGCCUGAAACCUGAAUGUGCAAUUUUUGAUUGGUCAUGCAAGCGAUGAAUAUUUCUUUUCGAGUAUCUAAUUAAUUGGCAUCCUCAAUAUUUAUAGUUGCACAAUAGUAUUCAAUUAGGUGGCAUCCUCAGCAUUUCUACUUGCACAAACAUUAUCCAAGUAAUUGACAUCCUCAACCUUUCUAGUUGCACAAGAGUAACUAAUUUUUUAGUCCCAUCUUCAAAUUUUUGAGGGUUGCCCAAGAGUAUCUAAUGACUUGGCACCCUCAACCUUUCUAGUUGCACAUGAGUAUUAAUUAGUUGGCAUCCUGAGCAUUUUCUAGUUACACAAUAGCAUCUAACUAGUUAACAUCCUCAACCUUCCUAGUUGCACAAGAAUAACUAUUUUAGUUGGCAUCCUAUGCAUUUUGUAGUUGCACAACUAACAUAAUAUCAAGUUGGCAUCGUCAACCUUUUUUAUCUAGUUUUUCAGAAGAACAUAUAUUUUGUGUGCAAUGUUAACUAAUCACCUUUGGCUCCUUUUGUUUUGCAAAACCGCAUGUGCUCAAGUCGGAAUGUGAUCACCUUUGGCACCUUUUUCUCAUGACAAGAAAAAUAAUUUCAUCUUCUUUCCUAUUUACAUUUAGUAACAUCCUAUAGAACAUAUUCCCCCUAUUUGCAAUUUGUGUGAGACAAGCCUAUUUGUACGCUCAUUUUUAAUAUUGUUCUUGUGCUUUUUCUAGUCUGGUUUCUUUGCUGCACACAUUUAUAGAAAAAGUUGGGAUUUGGAUACAAGUUUAGUUGCACAAUUAUAUGUUUAUAUUUGCAGACAACAAACUCAGUCUUUUUUAGUUUCAUCUAGUAUGUGUGUUGGUUGUACACAUUUUUUGCAGGAAAAGAUGGAUUGAAUGUAGUGUCUGUGCAAAUAGAAGCCCAUAUUUGUGCCAACUAAACAUGGAUCCAAAACCAUCUUUUCCUGCAAUGUGUGCAACCAACAGCCAAAAGAUUAGAACAGAUGGUCUCCAGUCUGGGCUGUUUUGUUGUACAUUUGCAUAAAAAGGUUGGCUUGGACCCGUUCUUAGUUGCACAAAUAUGUUCAGAAACAGUACACCCAAUCCAUCUUUCUAGUCUGGGAUGUUUUUUUUGCACACAUAUUGCAGGAAAGUUGGUUAUGGACUAAUGGCUUAGUUGCACAAAUAUGUGCUUCUUUUCGCACGAACAGUACACCCAAUCCAUCUUUCUAGUCUGGGUUGUUUGUUGCACAUAUUUUGCAGGAAAGAUGUCAUCGGAUUAAUGCUUAGUGUGCAAAUAUAUUUACUCCUUUAUAGUUUUGGCUGUUGGUUGCACACAUUGUAGAAAAAGUUGGCUUGGAUCCACGAUUUAGUUGCACAAAUAUGGACUUCUAUUUGCAUAGACACUACAGCCACUCCAUGUUUCUAGUCUGGGCUGUUUGUUGCACAUUUUUUUUGCAAAACUACUCCCUUGUGUCUAUUUGCACACAUCCAGGCAGAAGUUGGUUUUGCUACUGGGUCUACUUGCACAAAGUGGUGUUUAAUUACAGAGACAUUAGAUUACUGUUGCUACUCCCUUCAAUUAGGAGAAGAUUGGUGGUAGAUCCAGAGGCAAAGGGGAAGGGGAAGUGAAGAAGGGAGGAUCUGGAGCCAAAAGGGAACUUACCUUGAUUGAUGCUGCCUAGUACGCCUCUCACCUCCCUCUACUUCCGCUCGGCCAACUGCUCAUUACGUGAAGUUGGUUCAUGUAGCACUAAAAUUGCAUCACGUUGUAUUAUAAUUGGUUGUGGUAGCACAAACGGUGGUCUAAAAAAUAGUUGCAUCUCAUAGUAUAAAAGUUGCACCAUCUAGUACAACCAGUUGGCAAUGAAAAAAGUUCAUCGAAACAUAUAUAAAUGGGGUCUAAUUUUAAAGAUCUCGUCGCGAGGGUUCCGAUGGUGGAAACGGAUUUUAAUUUUGACAUGUAAUUCGAAAGUUAUAGCUUUUUGAAUUUUUUGGAAUGCAAUUAAUUGCCUUUUUACUUUAUUACUGGCAUGGCAGAGCAUAUGAAAAAGAACUUGGGCCAGCGUGAAGGCGAGUGGAUGAUGCUUUUCGAUUUUGGUCUCUGGAAUCAGCAGACUUUCCUAAUCAAGAGAUGGGACAAAAAAUUUCCUAAUACAGCCGGCUGCCGAGGAGCGCUAGCGAGCGCACGGCUGCUCGCUAGACGCGUCCAUUGUUUUUUAGGCGGGGAGAGAGAGAGAGAGAGAGAGAGAGAGAGAGAGAGAGAGUAGUUAAACGUGGCACUAGAGCCCUAGUUGGAAUGAUCAGAUGAGAUAAGAUAUUACCAAUGGUGACCAUACGUGCAGUACCAUAUCAUUUUAGCUCCUUUGGUAUUCCAUUAGUUUCAUAUUGGCAAGCAGGUAUAAGGAUAUUAUACAAGCUAGAAUACGUUGAGUACACCAGAUAUCGAUAUAUGGAUAUACGCGUGAGAACACACAUAUGAUGCCAACGUUUUCCUUGUUUUCUUCCUGGCCGAGGAGGCGGUAUUCGCAUGAAUUGACACGUGUUGUUCUGGAA